UCGAUGCACGCGAAAAGCAGCGCUGGCACGGCACAAAUUCGGGUCCAUCCCGCCAUAUAUCCCCAUUUUGUCUGAUCACAACACCAAAAUGUGCAAUAAUCAUUAAAAUUGCAAACAAAAUCUGCAACCAAUUGUGUGCAAAUAAUUGUGUGUGCCUAUAGUCUGUUGGAGAGUAUAUUAAAACGCAUGAAUAUUGCAUAAGGCUAUGCAUAUUUACACAUUUCAAGAUCCGUGUGGGCGGGCAGAAAUUUUAGCUGCAAAAAUUUGAACGAAAUUAUAAAAAGGAUUUACUGAAUGUAUGUACAUAUGUUCGGUAGAAUAAAACAAUUAUCAGAAAAUGUGAAUAAAUGUGGACAUGCUGUUAGCGGCUCACUUUGAGGCUUUUGGGAUGUGCGACUACUGUUCGCCUUAUCUUUGGCGCCGCCGUACGCUGCUAAAACACAAUGAUGCUGGGCGGUGUGGGAGCUCGUCGCAGAAGGGGCUCAUCACCGAUGGCACGUUUGACCAACAGCCACAUCAAUAGCCUAGAUGACAGCAUAGCCAUCAUCGGAGAUGGCGUCAUCCGGAGGAGUGCACACUAUGGCUCACAGGCCUCCAAUAAACGGCGACGAGCCGUUCCAGGACCUGGCAAUGAUCAGGAGAGCUUUGCCCUUGUCCAGACACGACCCAAUCUAGGCGAUAUCAUGUGA